AACAGAGAUGGCUGACAUACUGCGGCUGGUGUCAGAAGCAGACAGGCGGACUUUACCUACACUCUCCCAGCUCUCUGAAAACGGUCGGACAACAAAACGUUUUGGUGACAGUGUAGCAAACUGUUCUUUCAGCUGCUGAUAUUGACUGUAUUUGGGCUGAUGUAUCCGCCUACAUUGAACGUCAGAUGACCUUACAGAAGGGGGUCCAUCUGGCAGGACUGGGUACUUUCACCUUCUCGCAGCAGAAGUUGGACCUAGGAAACAAGUUCACAAUGAUCCAACGACCCAUCUUCCUCCUGGCUGGGAAACUGGUCCAGUCCCUAGGUUUAAAGCAGACCAGGCCACUGGCUGCAGCAACACACCUACCAGUGGUGCAGCUAAACUUUACAGCCGUGUCACAAGAGACUCCUUUCGGUCGAGACGUAGUGGAGGGCUGCAUUAAAGAAACUCUUCUGCUCCUCUUCAGAGGUUUGGCCUCGGAACAAAACAUGUUUAUCACCUUCCAGGGAAUUGGAGUUCUGUCCUUUCAUAACAAGAAGGUCCAGAUGAAAUUCAACAAAGAUUUUGUUAAUGCCAUGGAUGGAACUGGUAGGCUGCUGUUAGCCUUCAACAAUAGACCUGGCAGCAGUGUCUCUUUACUGUCCGGUGAAGUGUCCAAGCUUCAGAGGCCCCAGACAUCCAACCCCUUCACCCUGCCACCUGUCUGUUCUCAUCAGCCAGACAACAAAGCCGGUGACAAAGAUGGAUGGUGCUUGUCUCCAGCUCCAGACAAGAGGAAAGCUGGAGAAGUUCCCCAACAGAGAGAAUCUAAAUCCCAUCAGACACUGCAGCCUGCCAAGAUGAAAGCUGUCAACCUCUCUGAGGAAAUGAAUCCAAAACCCCCUAUGGAGGCCACAGACAAGCCCGUCAACUCCAUCUCACCACCAGAGGUUGCUCCAAAACAGGAGGAACCUCUUGUGAACGUUAGUUGCUCUGGUCACACCCGUGCAGGACAGGAGCUGUGCUACCUGUGUAUGCAGCGGGCCCAAAGAAAUAUUCCAGUGUGCCUGAGGGAGCAGCAGCAGGCAGAGGAGAAAGCUCAGGAGAAACUCUUAUUGCUUAAAGAACAACAGAGAGAGAAGCAGUGUAUAGAGGAAGAACAGGCAAAGCAGAGUGAGCAACGUGAGCAUGCAAAGCAGGUUGCUAUAUUCAACCUGCAAAUGUCAGAGAAAAAAGAGAAGACUUAUUGUCCUCUGUACCCGACUUCAUUCAUCUUCCCGACUCGGCCCCUCACUCCUGCCAAGAGGAUUCAGCAGCAUCGUUACAUGAACGAUCUUCAGAGCCAGGUAGAGAGCCGGCGGCAAUGCAAGGUUCGGGACCAGCAGAACCGUCUUCUAAUGGAGCGUCUAGACCGGGUCCAGCUGGUCCAGGAGAUCGCUUUGCAUGGGGCUCGGCAGCUCCAGCAGAAACACGAGAGAACUAAGCAUUACAAGAGGGCUCUGGACACUCAGGUGGGGGAUAAGAAGUACACAGACCCUCCAGUGUACCCGGCUGACAACUCUGGGUUCACUCGCUGUGAGACAGCAGCCAGCAACGCAGAGAGCCGAGAGAGGGCGCAGAAGCUCUUCCAGGUAAAUUACAGUGCUGCCACUCAGAGGAAAAAGAAAGAACUGCACAACCACCAGGCACAGCUGGAGAAAGAGAGGGAAAUGCUCAAACACAACAAAACAGAGCUAAUAUUGGACCACAUUAAUCACUUUGAGAAGAAGCGGGACAUCAGGAAGUCCUUAGAGGACGAGUGGAGUCGCAGUGUGAAGCUCAAACAUCAACGAAAGGAGGAGGAGAGGCGCUUCCUGAGGUCUGCUGGUCAGCCCAUGGUGGAUAAACUUGCACAGUACAAGCGCUGCUGCCAGUGCAAGAGGAGGACCACUGACUUUGGAGAGACCAACAUCUGGAAGGACUCUCAUUACCUCUCUGGCUCACAGUUCAUGAUUUGAUGAGCUGCAGAGCUUGGUCCAGCGCUUGAACACCAAUACUUCACAGCCUAGACAAGACCUAAAACCUUUACUACUCACCAUGGGAUGGUCACUAAAGAUUAAAUUAAUAUUUUAAGCAUACUUCCAUGUUAUUGUGUGUAGUAUGCACAGUGCGCCCUAUUCUCUGUUUUCAUGUGAGAUUUAUUCUUACUCCUUUCCUAAAUUAGUCUUUGGAGUUCAUGUUUAUUAUACUUAUGGUUGUUUUAAGGUAAUUUCAAUUGUGAAAAU